GGCCCGACCGAUGCCUAUGCCAUUGCAAUUCAAACUGUUGUUCUAUUUCCAAUUUUACAGAAGAAGUGAGAGAGAUUAAUUUGAAGUUAGAAAGAGAAACAAGAGAGAGAAAAUGCAGACAGCCAAGAGUGCAGCGGCUUCCGCCAAGGAGUCGGCGGCGAACGUGGCCGCCACCGCCAAGUCUGGGAUGGACAAGACCAAGGCCACCGUCCAAGAGAAGGUGGAGAGGAUGAGUGCACAUGACCCAAUGCAGAAGGACAUGGCCACAGAGAGGAAGCAGGAGAAGAUCCACCAAGCAGAGUGCAACAAGCAGGAGGCGCGUGAGAGCAACGCCGCCGCUCGACAAGCGAUCGCCACCGGCGGGGCCGGGACCUUCACCGCCGUUGGCCGGGCGCAAAAUUCCACCCCUGGCGCCGGGACCCAAGGGAACCAGAACUACUCCGCUGGUGGUGAUCAUCGGUUGAACACCCACACCCACCCGACAGGUGGUCACAACCCGGAUCACCUUACCGGGUCAAACGCAACCGGGUAUGGAACCGGGCAGAACGCCCAUAACCUUGGUGGCGUGAACACGGGAGGUGCUGAUGCUGUGUACCCGGAUGAUCGUAUUGGGUCUGGGCCGAACAGGACUCACCAUACAACCGGUGGUGAUCAUGGGUUAAACACCCACGUCCACCCGAGCGGUGGUCACAACCCGGGUCACCUACCUGGGUCAAACGCAACCGGGUACGGUACCGGGCAGAACGCCCAUAAUCUUGGUGGCGUGAAUACGGGAGGUGCUGAUGCUGUGUACCCGGAUGAUCCUAUUGGGUCCGGGCCAAACACGACCCGCAAUACAAUUGGUGGUGCUCCGGGUACGGGUCAGGGCACCGGUGGAACAUACCAGUAGAUGAUUACUAGUGUUUGGGGAAUACGGCUGGUCUACCCGUGUGGAUGAUCCUAUGAAUUUGAUGUAAUUUGUGUUUGUGUUUUAAUCUGUUUUCUUCAGUUUUUUUUUUUUUUAUUUUCCCAUUUUAAUUCUAGGUAGACUUGGUCAUAUGUGAAGGAGUUGUUUUACAUUAUCUGCUAAAGAUGUGGCUACGUACGUGAAUAAUUAAUAUGGCACUUGUUGGUUUUGUUCA